AGUCUCUCCAUCACCGAGGCGUGGGAGGCGUCUGUCAAACCUGUGGAGUGGCUCUCUCUCCGUGGGCAAGGCACCACAUCGUCCUACAUUAUCAGCUGUAGUUUCUGCCAGAGAGAAACCUGUCUUGCAGCUCCUUUCGGGAAUCCCGGAAGACCCACCACAUUCUCAGCCCGUGAGGAAGUCGAAGCAAACAGCUGCCGCGCGUGUGUGCGUGUGUGUGUGUGUGUGUGCGGGUAAUUUUUGGGAGCCCAUCAAGCAGCCAUGGACGCGUUCAUGAAAGGUUUCUCCAAAGCCAAGGAAGGGGUCGCGGCAGCGGCGGAGAAAACCAAGCAGGGAGUGACGGGAGCGGCUGAGAAGACGAAAGAUGGGGUUAUGUUUGUCGGCACCAAAACGAAGGAUGGCGUCACGACAGUCGCAGGUAAAACUGUCACUGGGGUAACUCAGGUGGGCGGAGCCGUGGUUACCGGGGUUACCGCUGUGGCCCAGAAGACUGUGGAGGGGGCGGGCAACAUUGCCGCCGCCACUGGAUUGGUCAAGAAAGAGCCAGCCAAACAAGAGGACGAUGCCACAGCAGUGCAGAGUGUGGUAGACUCACCAGUUGAUACUGAUAAUGCUGAUGUUACAGAGGACGACACCGACGAUUAAAACGACGGCAAGAUUAACAAUCAAAGAUCAAUGACCGGAACAUUCCAUGCCGCUCUGCCAAGUCCCGUCGUGCCUCGCUGUGGUCCUUUAUGAAGUCUGUGCCCUAAGUGUGUGUGUGUGUGUGUGUGUGUAUGUGUGUGUGCGUGUGUGUACGUGUGUUUCUGUUUGUAUUACAAUGUAUGUUUGUACAUCAGUGUAUAUGUCAAGGUUUUAGAGAGAGAGAGCGAGAGCGAGAGAGAGAUUGUGUGUGUGCGUGUGUGUGUGUGUGUGUGAGCCCCUGAAUUUUUUCACAUCAGUCCUGUGAAGGGUCUCAGGUGUGUGUGCCCUCUUUGUCCAGCUGCACUUUUUACAGUGAUUCCCUCCCACUGAGAAAACCACCUGGUCACUCAGGGUGUGUGUGUGUGUGUGUGUGUGUGCGCGCGCGCGCCUAUGUGAGUUCUUGUCAACCCUGUGGCUUCGACAUCAAUAAUUCAAACAUAGGAAUAAUCCACAAUUUACCACUGAAAGCACCUAAGUGUCUAUAUAUAAAUGAAGUGAUCUGUUUGAAAUGGAAGCGUAACGAUAUCCUCUAUUUUUGUCUGUAUACUGUCACUGUUUUUUGCGGUGGACUGAAGUGCUAAGCUAUUUGUGCAUUCUUAUUGUAUUUUUUUAAGUUGUCCCUGUUUGCUAUAAAAAAAAUAGAUCAAAUAUUGAAUGGAGUUUCGAGAAAAAAGAGCAUGUAAACAAACGAGUCAGCCGAACCGCUGUGAUAUGGAUUUAUUUGGAUUUGUUUAAGUGUCGAAUAAAACGUGAAAUGGAGAAGAA